AAAGUUUAAAGACCACUCUCGCAGAUUCCGCAAGUUCACGGGAGACACAAAAACAAAAUUGAAGACAGUUAACAAACGAGCUGUCAAAUCGGACACAACACCACCAAAACAUUAUGACAGUAAAACUCACCGAGGGAGCCAUUGAGGCCCUGACAAAAGGCUCAGAGGUGACCAAUCCUUUGCUUCAGAUACUGAAUAUCCGUUAUAUCGAGGUGGGUUCUGGCGCAGACCGGCUUCGCGUAAUGAUGAGUGAUGGCCUGCACUACAUGUCCUCCUUCCUACUGGCCACCCAGUUGAACAGUCUGUAUGAGGAGAACCACCUGGCUCCGUACUGUGUGUGUAUGCUGAAGAAGAGUUUCACCAACACACUCAAGGAUGGCAGACGUGUGGUUGUAGUGUUGGACCUGGAGGUGGUUAGGUCUGCAGGAGAAGUUGGAGGAAAGAUCGGAACACCCACUCCCUAUGUAGAAGGACAGUCCGUGAGCCCUCAGAACCAGAACCCUGGCCAGAGCCUCCCUGCUGCUGCGUCCAGUUCUCCUCACAGCCGGCCCAGAGCAGGCUCGUCUUCUACCAGAGGUCCCGCUGGGAAGAAGGCUCCAAAGGCUGUCCCGACUACUCCCGGAGGCUCCAAAGCUAAUGUGGUUCCCAUCGCAAGCCUCAACCCCUACAACACCAAAUGGACUGUCAGGGUGCGGGUCACCAAUAAGAGCAGCAUUCGCACCUGGAGCAACUCACGAGGAGAGGGCAAGCUCUUCUCCUUCGAGACUGUGGAUGAGAGUGGUGAGAUCAAAGUCACGGCCUUCAACAAGGAAGUGGACAAGUUCUUCCCUCUGCUAGAGACAGGCAAGGUGUACUACAUCACUCGGGGGAAGUUAAAGGUGGCCAACAAGCAGUACUCCACCCUGAAGAAUGACUACGAGAUGACACUACACAGUGAGACGUCUAUCUUACCCUGCACAGACGAUCAGGGCUUACCCAUGGUGCAGUGCGACUUUGUACCCAUCUCUCAGCUGGAGCACAGGGACAAGGACGCCAUCAUCGAUGUGAUCGGUGUGUGUAGGAGUGUGGAGGAUGUGAGUCGUUUGACCACUAAGACCAGUAGAGAAGUGUCUAAGAGAGAUAUUCACCUGAUGGACAGCAGCGCCAAGAUGGUUACAGUCACCCUGUGGGGAGAGGAGGCGGAGAGGUUUGAUGGGUCAUGCCAGCCGGUGGUGGCUGUAAAAGGGGCUCGUGUGUCAGACUUCAGGGGCCGGUCCCUCUCUGCUCUCUUCAGCUCGACAGUCAUGGUCAAUCCUGACAUACCAGAGGCUUACAGGCUGAGGGGAUGGUUUGAUAAGGAGGGUUAUGCCCUGGCCGGCCAAUCAUUGACUGAGAUGAGGUCUAGGGGAGGCGGAGCCAACACCUGCUGGAAAACACUGAGCGACGUCACAACUGAACAACUGGGGCAGGGAGAUAAGGCAGACUACUACACCUGCGUGGCCACCGUGUUGUUCUGUCGUAAGGAGAGCUGCGUGUACCAGGCCUGUCCCAUGGCACACUGUCAGAAGAAGGUGGUGGACCAGCACAAUGGGCUGUACCGCUGUGAGAAGUGUGACAAGGAGUUCCCCAACUACAAACACCGUCUAAUACUGUCUGCUAACAUAGCUGACUUUGGUGACAACCAGUGGGUGACGUGUUUCCAGGAGACGGCAGAAAUAAUUCUGUGUCAUGACGCAGAGAGUCUGGGCCGACUUAAAGACACAAAUGAGGAUGCGUUUGAUGAGGUCUUCCACAAGGCCAACUUCACCACACAUAUAUUUCGCAACCGAGUCAAGCUAGAGACGUACAAUGAGGAGACCCGUGUGAAGACCACAGUGAUGGACGUGAAACCAGUCAACCACAGAGAAUACAGCAGGAGACUCAUCAGCAGUAUCAGAAAAAUGGCCAUCUAAAGGAGGUCAAAAUGACCGUCUAAAGGAGGUCAAAAUGGCCGUCUAAAGGAGGUCAAAAUGGCCGUCUAAAGGAGGUCAAAAUGGCCAUCUAAAGGAGUUCAAAAUGGCUGUCUAAAAGUGUACAAAAUGGCCGUCUAAAUGUGUACAAAGUGGCUGCCUAAACAAGAACAAAAUGGCAGCUUAGGUUAGAGAUUUCACGUGUUUAGUCAAUAUAUUUAUUUUUAUGUGUACAAGAUAUAAAGUUGAGACACAAUAUUUUAUUUCCUUUUCAAUUUUGGACUACAGAAAAACAUGUUGAGAUUUCUGUUUGUUUCCCUUGUCUCAUUUUACAUUAGGAGUGGCUGCAGAUCUAUUUUUUAUAUAGGUGACUUAGCAGGCAGAUACAACAGUAAGUGCAUGCAUUUUCAAACUAGUCCCAUUGCUUUUGUUUUGACUUAUGUGAAUAAAUAAGCAGCCUUAUCUAAUUCACUGGGAAAUUGUUUUUGCUUGCAUGUUGUUUCCUAUUUAACUUUUUCCAACCCUUUUCAAAGUAAUACAUUUAUCUGUUAAGGUAGAGGGCUGUCCUCUGAGUGUAUGCACGUUCCCUCCCGGAGGUUGAAAUUAUGUUGAAUAUUCCUAGAACAAACGAAGUGAUUAAAAUCUUCCGUCAAGAGCU